UUCAGUGACCACAUAGAUGAUAAGAAUUUGGUAUUUAAAUCCACGGAGUAGCGUCAAUCUGUCACAACACCAAGACACCUGCACAAUGUUAAGAGCAGUUUUAUCACUAGUUUUUGUCUCGCUGGUAGCGGCUCAGGUGCCAGGUAUUGGCAAGUGUCCGCCAGCCAAACCCAUGACCAGUUUUGACCUUGAAAAGUAUCUUGGCAAAUGGUACGAAAUUCAGCGAUUCUUCGCGGCUUUUCAAGCCGGAAUGGACUGUGUCAGUGCGAACUAUUCCUCCAAACCAGAUGGACACAUUAAGGUUUACAACGUCGGGUACAAAUCUGGAAAGGAGAACGCCCUUGAGGGAGACGGUUAUGCUCCGGAUGCUGGUUCUCCGGCAAAAUUAGCUGUCCGGUUUGCUGCAGGGACACCGUACGCACCGUACUGGGUUUUGGCCACUGACUACAAUACGUAUUCUUUGGUAUUUUCUUGUGAAGAGGUUUUGGGGAUUGGGCACAUUGAAUUCUCUUGGAUACUGGCAAGAAAACGUUCCUUAGAUCCAGCAACUCUAGAUAAGCUUCGUGGAAUUUUAAAGGACAAUGGAGCCAACCCAGCAAAUUAUAAAGACACAAAUCAAAGGAACUGCCCUGCCUACUAGCUCUAAGUGUGCAUAUAUCUUAUCUGCCUGUAUAUAAGUAGUCAUUUGUGUAUUGAUAUGAAUAAGUGUCACCUUAUGUAAUGCCUUGGUGACCAACAGCACUACAAAUUAUACAGCUUAUACAGUGUAUAAGCCUACGUA